UACAUUACAUUUAUUUCCUCAUUCCUGACUCUCAGUCGCCGCCUAUACGAGUCACUGAACGAGGCAGUAAACGAAUCUGAACCAACCAUUUUUAGGAACCGAGUCAUCAGAUUCGACUCACUAGGACGAAACGAAACUACCAGCUUUUUUCCUGAACUUCGGGAAAAGCAGAAACAGGACAGGAGUCAGUCAUGGAGUCAGAAGAGGCUGGUGAUCAGUAUUUCUCGGCACCAGGUGAACAGAAGGAGCUGGAGGAUGUGUGUGAUGAGGUCUGUAAGCUCCAAUUUAACGAGACGGAAGGUGAGACAGAGACAUUUGUGCUAAUAGAAGAGGACAGUGAAAGACAGUGUAUUAAGACCAACCUGAGAUUGUGUAGGACUGAGGGCUGUGAAGGCUGUAAGAACCUUCACCUGUGCAAAAGCUACCUGUUUGGAGAGUGUCCAUGUGACAACGAAAGAGACGAGUGUUUAUUCAGCCACGAUCUCUAUUCAGAGCACAACGUCGGCGUUCUUUGCCAACACAAACUGCUGGAACUGGACUGCGAUGAGUUGUGCGUUACACUUCUGCAAAACGACACCACGUUAUUGCCUCAAGUGUGUUCGGCGUAUAACGAGGGUGGCGGCGAGUUCGGAAACUGCCCCAAAGCAGGAUCCUGUAAACAUCUCCACGUCUGCGAGGACUACAUCAGAGGAACGUGUGACGGCUGCAGCAGAUGCCACGAUUUAUACGAGCCUCACCCGGCGAAGACGUUGCAGGACAGUGGCGUGCCCGGUCAGCUGAUGGACGUUUUAUUGUUGAUCUAUAAGAACAUGCUCACCAUCGCAGACAUGAACAAACCCAACAUUUUCAGCAGAACAUCAGAGAAAUGGAUUUGUCUUCUCCACUUCCGAAAUUCCUGCGACGUGGAAAGCACGUGCGAGGAUGCGCAUUUCUUCUUGCCUUAUAAAUGGGAGGAGAGAAACGGACCAGGUUGGGAUCUUCUCCCUGAUCAUGAGGAAGUAGAGAAAGCGUUCUGCGAUCCCGCUAACACGCACAGUCUCGGCAUCGUACCCGUACACUUCGACACAAUGACUCGAGGUUGUCUAGAGGUUCGCCGUCUCUCCACCAUUUCAGCAGUUCUGGAUCCCAGCUUCGCCCUCACUACAACAUGGAUCUGGUACUGUGAGAAGGAAGAUGGGACCUGGGUCCAGUACGGAUCAUCAAAAAAAUCGCACGAUAUGAGUUCCAUCACCAGUGAGAACCUGGAAUGGAAAUACCAAGAGAACUGUCAUUCUGUUAUUAAAUUCGCUGCAGCCGGACACUCUUAUGAGAUCAAUAUGCAAGAUAUGAUGCAGUACAACAAAGAAAUGAACACCACAAUGCGAGUAAGGAGGAGACCCAUGUUCCUCUCAGCAGAUGAUGUCCAAAAAAUCAUAGCAAGGGAAAUGGAAUCCAAGGAUCACCAAGCUGUUCCAUGUGACCCGGGUCAAGCCAAUACAACUGCAGCUGGAUUGGAGAGAAUCCUCCUAAACAGCCAUUCUGAGGAACACAAGAAGGUCCUCAAGCACUUUUAUGAGACAAUGUCCGAGUUUAAAGUGAAGAGCAUUGAGAAGGUGCUGAACAAGGACUUAUGGGAAGCUUUUCAAAGGUAUGUAAAUGUCAUGAAGGAGAAAGAUAAAGGCAAGGAGAAUGAAAAACGUCUCUUCCACGGCACUCGGUCCGAGCACGUGGAUACCAUCUGCAAGCAGAACAUUGACUGGAAGAUUUCUGCACGUAUUUCAACACCGUAUGGUAAAGGAAGUUAUUUCACCAAAGAUGCCAAAUCUUCUCAUGACUUCACCGACACAUCUGGAACUCGGUGCAUGUUCCUGUGCCGGGUCUGCGUUGGAGAAUAUACCAACGGGAAUCCCAGUUAUAGUCACCCUCCUCUAAAAGAUGGGAAAAAUGGCAUCUAUUAUGACAGUUGUGUAAAUAAUAUGAACAACCCAUCUGUAUUUGUUGUGUUUGAGAAGCCCCAGGUGUACCCCGAGUUCCUUAUUCGGUAUGAACCAGGAGCACGAAUUGGUCCUCCACUACACACUUCCCUGAUCAAUCAGGCUCGUUUCAGUGCUCCGUCUCAAUCCAGUCAACUUUCGAACAAAUAUUAUAGUCCACAGUUUCGUUACAAUUACAACGCUUUGACCUCUGCCCCGAUCGCUGCCUCGCUGAUGGCUCCAGUUUUCCAUUUCCCUAAUUCUCGGUUCCGUUCUCCGUUUUUCCCUCAUCCAAACCGCGUGAGCCAGUUUCCGUUUUCUCCCUACUAUAGGCCUUUCUUAGCCAGGAAUUUUACCGUUGGCAAUCCAACAAGGCCACAAAAGCGACAAGGAGGAUUUGGACCUCUGUGUCCAGCAGAGAACUUCGUAGCUCAGGUCAGAGCCCCGGCAUCGGUUCGAAUGCCCACCGCAAGACACCACGGUUCAAAUUUCACGAAAUCAAAUAGUGGAUUUAGUCCGGGUUCUGCUUUUACCGGUACUUCAGCCCAACCUGAUUAUCCAAAAUCAGUUAGAAGUGACAAUCCCAGAGCAAAACGAGCUUCUAGAUUUAAUUCAAGAGCUUGGAGUACUCCUGAGGUACGAAGCAUGAGACCUGAAGGUAAGAGCUUCAACAGAUUUGAUAUACAAAGUACUAACCCUGAGAGUCAGACUUCCAGAAGCUCUACCACACUAAGUGCUAAACCAGAAAGUAAGACUUCCAGAAGCUCUGCGGCACAAAGCACCAAACCUGAAGGUAAGAGCUUCAAGAGCUCUGCUACACAAAGUACUAAACCUGCAGGUAAGACCUCCAGAAGCUCUGAGGCACAAAGCACCAAACCUGCAGGCAUGAACUCAAGGAGCUCAGCUUCACAAAGCACCAAACCUGCAGGAACGGGCUCCAAAAACGCUAGAGGAAGGCACUAGUGCUUGUCAGAAUACGAUCCUUUACGUAUCAGAAGCUGUUCUGAAUUUUGAUCUAAAUCUUUUAGUUUUUCAGGUGCCUCGUUAUAAUACUAGCACCUACCAAAAGUGCUCCAUACAGCACCGCUUCUACGCAUAGGCAAACUAGGCGCAAAAAACAGCCGGUGGGGGCGCUAGAGUGCAAAAUUAUUUACCUGCCAAUUUGCCAAUCGUUAUUAUCACUUACAAGAUUUGUAUGGUGUGGGAGUGGAGCAGUGUGGUUGGAGGGCGGAGCCAUUGGGGCUGUGUGUGUGUGUGUGUGUGUGUGUGUGUGUGUGUGCGUGAUUCUGGUGAUCUUUGGAUGCUUUUCAGAAGGUCAGAGGUUCAGAUCCAGCACAUGUACAGUCUUCGGUCAUGUAUAAAUUCUGUACCACAAAUUCCCAAUAAAUGGAGCGAAAUUUCCUGAAAAAAGCUCGGAGGUACACAAGACCCGAUUCACAGCCAGGAAAUUGAUUAGUUCUGAUUUCUAUCCAGCUGUGCACUAAACCCCUGUGUACACUUGGGGCUUAUUAAUAAUGCAGUUGAGCAAAUUGUGUUGUCACUACAGACAGAGGGUGGAUUCCUCCAUUAUCUUGCUCAAAUGUGUCUCCAUUGUUGUGUAGCAGUGUUGCUUUAUAUUGAGAAUAAUCCAAAAAAUAAAUGAUUCCUCCACUA